AUGCUUGAUGUGAUGACUGCACCUCAUUCCAAUGGCACUUGGGAUCUUGUUCCUGCUCCUCCGGAGAAGUCUAUUGUUGGUUGUCGUUGGGUCUUUACUGUCAAGGUUGGGCCUGAUGGCCAUGUUGAUUGUCUCACGGCACGCUUAGUUGCCAAGGGUUUUACUCAAAUUUUCGGCCUUGACUAUAGUGACACAUUCUCUCUGGUCCCUAAGAUAGCGUAUGUUCGCAUGUUUCUUGCCUUGCUGCCGUUCGUCACUGGUCACUCCUUCAAAUCGGCAUUAAAAAUGUUUUUCUUCAUGGUGAUUUACAAGAAGAAGUUUACAUGA